GAACCAUUGAAAUCGAUACAAUAGAAACACUGUGGAAAGCGAAAACGUCAUAUGACCAUUGGUGCAAAAGUUCUGGCAGCAAAGAUGGCACGGACGAUUUUCCUCCUAUUUUCGCUGUUUCUCGCAGUUAAUUGUGAUCAACUGUCGAUCAUUUCGGCACCAAAGGCUCUGGAGUUCCAUGGAAAAAAUCAAGUGGAUGUAGAAGCCUUGUCGGACGUUUUUGGUGCCUCACUUGGUUAUUCAGUUUCUCACUUUUCCGAUUGGGAUGGAUUGACUGUCAAGGAUCCGUUCAAUAUGGCUAACGGUGUCGUCGUUGUUGUAGCCGAAGGAAUCAAGUCGCUCAAGUUAGAGGGAGCUCACACCUAUGAGCUGUACGGUGGAUCUGCUUCGGAAACAAUUAGUGAAUUAGUGCAGAAGUCAGCUGAUCACCACGGGAUAAGUUUUGAAAUUGAUCUAAAGGAAUCGUCGGAUAGUUUUUCAACACCUUUGGGAACUGUUCAACCGGAUGAUGACGAAGUAGAACCACGUUACUUAAAGCCAAAGUCUAACAAAGCCGAUUCGGACUUCAUGCGUCAGAUUUCGUUCAUCAAUGGAUUAAGUGAUCUGCUAGUGACAUCCACAGAUGAAAACAUUCCGGCUGUUCAUAUCAUUCGCGUGUCGUUUGAGGCUAUCCUAGCUGCACAUGAACCAUCGACGCCGGCUAACAUCGAGGCUAAUAAGUUGUUUGUCAACGCUCUGGAAGAAUUGCGAAUCGCAGCGAAUAAAGCUUUCGACGAAGCAGUUGUUGUUGGGUUGAUUACAUCUACUGAAGCACCGCUGGCUCGCUCCAAACGACAGGCAGAACCACCGAAGCAGACAGAUGAUCUCAACAUUGCUCAAAAGUACGACAGCAACUAUCCGGUCAUCUUCAACAUCGUUCUAUGGUUCAGUGUCAUUUUGGUGUUUUCGCUGUUAGCAAUUUCGAUCGCCAUCGCUACCAUGGAUCCAGGUAGGGAUUCCAUAAUCUACCGUAUGACAUCGACCAGAAUGAAGAAGGAUAAUUAAAUGACCCAAAGGAAAUGCUACUUCAGGUAGUUAUCAGCAAUUACCAUCCUGUAUUUCGUAUAGAAACAUCUACUAUCGGACGUAGCGUAAAUUUGUAUCGUUAGUAAGCAUAAAGACUAUCGCCAUAACUAUGUGGUGUCUAUUUGAAAGUCGUACAAUUCUGUUCACCGUGAAAUUUUUCUUUUGUAAUCUGUAAUUCGUGUCAUUCGCGAUGAUUUUUCUAGCUUCUUACCUUCAUCGCAUGAUACAGAUCAAAGUGAUGCAGUUGCCGUAUCCGUUCUCCUAGAUAGGAUUAGUAUGUUCGCUUCGUAGGAUUAAUUUACAGAUGAUGUACAGUUGUGGAAGUUGGCACAGAAACGGUAGAUUUUUGUUGUUGUUGUUUUUUGAAUUUUAUCGCCAACAAUUGAAUAAAGGAAUCAUUCCACCCCAAGCAAA